UUGCCCUCUUGCAGUUGGUGCUAUUUAUAUAUAUAUAUGGUGCUGCUUAAUGCGAGUUCAUGCAGCAUGACGAAAACCAUCAUGGCUUUGAAUUACUAUAACACCUUGGCCACUUUAUUAUUCUUGCUUGUUAGUAGCUAUGGAACUUUUGCUGCUCAGAAACAGAGCUUAGGAGCUUCUUUCAUCUUUGGAGACUCAUUAGUGGAUGCUGGAAACAACAACUAUCUUUCAACUCUUUCCAGGGCAAACAUGACACCAAAUGGUAUUGAUUUUAAGGCUUCCGGUGGAAACCCCACCGGCCGCUUCACCAACGGUAGAACCAUCUCAGAUAUAGUAGGAGAGGAAUUGGGACAACCAAACUAUGCUGUCCCUUUUCUCGCACCAAAUGCUACCGGGAAAGCUAUACUCUCUGGAGUGAAUUAUGCUUCGGGAGGAGGAGGUAUUCUGAAUGCAACAGGAAAUAUAUUUGUGAACAGGCUGGGAAUGGAUAUUCAAAUAGAUUACUUCAACAUAACAAGAAAAGAGAUAGACAAGUUAUUAGGCAAAUCGAAUGGUAGGGAGUUAAUAAUGAAGAGAUCCAUUUUCUCCAUCAGCGUUGGGUCCAAUGACUUCCUCAACAACUACCUUCUCCCGCUUGUGUCAGUUGGAGCCAGAGUUAAUCAAAGUCCAGACGCUUUUGUCGACGAAAUGAUCAACCACUUUAGGAUCCAACUAACUAGACUAUAUGAAAUGGAUGCGAGAAAGUUUGUGGUGAGUAAUGUUGGGCCAAUAGGAUGCAUACCUUACCAAAGGGCCAUAAAUCAGCUUAAUGAGGAUGAGUGUUCGGAUUUGGCUAACAAGCUUGCAGUCCAAUACAAUGGUCGAUUGAAGGACUUGCUGGCUGAGCUAAACGACAACCUCCCCGGAGCCAAGUUCGUCCUUGCCAAUGUUUAUGAUCUAGUCAUGGAACUCAUAACAAACUACGCCAAAUAUGGGUUGAGGACAGGAAGCAGUGCAUGCUGUGGAUUUGGGGGCCAGUCGCAGUUAGCAGGGAUAAUUCCAUGUGGGCCUACAUCUAGCUUGUGCUCAGAUAGGUACAAGCACGUCUUCUGGGACGCAUACCAUCCAAGUGAAGCUGCCAACCUAAUCCUCGCCAAACAGCUCCUUGAUGGAGACAAUAGAUACGUAUCCCCCUUCAAUGUUAGACAACUCUCCGCUCUUUAAUCUUUCCAUUUUCCUUCUAUUAAUAAUGUAACAAUAUUUCUACUUUGUUACUUCACGCAACCAAUUUCUACCUCAAAUUAUAAACAGUAUGUAGUGUGUAGUAGCUCUGGACAAGAUGUAUGCCUGUGAUUUGUUAUGUAAUUUCAAUAUAUUGAUCAUGU